AUGAACUCGAUGGAGCCAGACAUGCGUCCUCCCGACAUCCAAUGGCCACCAAAUACCGGCGGGAGUAUUGAUGACUGGGCUUUGAUCGGCAAGACCUCGUUAUCAUAUGCGGGGCCGUUUAGUCUCAACACCUCGGUACCAUUGACGAAGUUCAGUGGACAGGUCUUGCAUGGCCCAGUGACAACGGCAAGCAUACCGCGUUUCGUGGGACAAAUUCAGAGGCGAAAUUACACUGUCAUUGAGCAAGAUGGGGAGGUGUACUUGACAAUCUCUGUGAUAACGACUCUGGCGGGGGCCAGAUCCGAGAUUUGGUGGAAGAGGAUUGUUAAGGGGUAG